AUGGCAAGGGGGACAGGGGCGCUGGAGGAGCUAGCGGGGGCGGUGGAAGCGGCGGUGGAGGCGGGGGAGGGAGUGGGGGUGGCGGUGGGGGUGGUGGCGGGGGUGGAGGUGUCGCUGGCGGCAGUGGAGGCGGAGGCGGAGGUGGUGGCGGAGGUGGCGGCGGUGGAGGAGGUGGUGGCGGAGGAGGUGGAGCUGGUCUGGGUGGCGCUGCGCAAAGAACCGGCUCCGGUGGUGGUCUGCGCUAGCAGUAGCAGCAACAGCGCACUCCUGACAUCCCCUCCCCUUAGCAGCUCCGUGAGUGGUACGCUGCACGUCAACGGGUGUUUUCUGCCUGACCCGGGCAUUGAGACUGCUGCUCUAGGUACUGGUGAGGCUGCUGCUCUAGGUGCUAGCAAGGCUGCUGCUCUAGGUGCUCGUGCGUUUGCUCCCUCAGCUGCUGGUGAGUCUGCUCUCUCAGGUACUGCCCCUACCUGCGUCCCUUGUGUCAAGGGGCGGCAGCGGGCUGCCCCUCACUUCUCCCAGUUUCCUCCGACAGAGGCCCCGCUGCAGACGCUUCACAUGGACGUGUGGGGCCCAGCCCGUGUCCGUGGACAGGGUCACGAGCGCUACUUCCUGCUGGUGGUUGACGACUACUCGCGUUACACCACAGUCUUCCCCUUGCGCAGCAAGGGUGAUGUCAUUGCGGUGUUGAUUGAGUGGAUCCGCGCAGCUCAUCUCCAACUCAGGCAGAGCUUCGGCUUGGAAUUUCCUGUUUUGCGUUUGCACUCUCACAGAGGCGGAGAGUUCUCCUCUGGCCUUCAGCGAGCCUACUAUCGUGCACGAGGCAUCCGCCAGACCUUCACACUUCCAGACUCUCCUCAAAAAAAUGGGAUUGCUGAGUGCCGCAUUGGCAUAGUCAUGGAUGUCGCUCGUACGUCCAUGAUACAUGCGGCUGCCCCCCAUUUUCUGAGGACGUUAGUGGUUCGGUACGCAGCGCAUCAGAUGAACCUUCACCCCAGGGUCUCCAUGCCGGAGACCUUCCCAUCUUUGCUGUGGACGGGGAAGGUUGGCGAUGCGUCUGCGUUCCGUGUCUGGGAAUCUCGGGCGUUUGAUCGCGACUUGUCUGCGGACAAGCUGUCCCAUCGUGCUGCUCCUUGCGUCUUCCUUGGCUUCCCCCCUGAAGCGCCAGGGUGGCAGUUCUACCACCCCACCUCGCGCCGUGUUCUGUCCUCCGAGGACAACAGGUUUGACGAGUCAGUCCCCUACUACCGCCUCUUCCCCUACCGCACUCCGUCCCUCCCCCCGCCACCUCUUUUCCUUGUACCAGGUCCCCCCCUGGUAGACCCCCUCCCCCCUCAGGGUACUGCCCCUUCAGGUGUGUCCCGGGUAGACGCAGUCAAGCCCGUCAAGGUUACUGGUCACUCUUGUGCUGCUAAGGGUGCUGAGCUUGGGGUUGCUAACUCUGGGGGUGCUGAGCGUGUGGGUGCUGCGCCUGGGGGUGCUGAGCCUGCGGGUGCUAAUACUGGGGGUGUUGAGCCUGGGGGUGUUGCGACUGGGGGUGCUGAGCUUGCGGGUGUUGAGCCUGGGGGUGCUACGCCCGGGGGUUCUGAGCCUGGGGGUGCUACGCCUGGAGGUGCUGAGCCUGGAGGAGCGGAGCCUGAGGGAGUUGGGCCUACUCGUGUGGCGUCUGGCAGUGCUGGGCCUGGAGGUUCUCCGGGUGCUUCAUCUCGACGGGAGCCCCUCUCUCAACAGGGGCUGCGUGAAUGGUUUGCCCGGCGCUGGAGGCGUGCUGCUGGAGCUGGAGGUUCUCCGACUGCUGAGGGUGCUGGUGCCGCGGGACCCGGAGGUGCUCGUGCGGGGUGUACUGGAGCUGCUGGGCUUGCGGGUGCGACUGGAGCUGGAGCUGCAGAGGUUGUUGGCGCUGAGGCUACUGCUGUCGAUCCUGGAGGCGGUCUAGCUGGGGGUACUACUGGUGCUGCUGGAGGUACUGGAGCUGGAGGUGCUCCUGGCGCUGGUGCUGCCGCUGGGGGUGCUGGUGUUGUCCCUGCUCCUUCUCCUCCUUAG